ACAGUCUGAGCCAAUCCGUGAUGACUUCCUGCGCGUUCCCCCCUUUCCAAACAGCAGGGGAGAGAGAACAGACGUUGUACGGAUGAUCCCAGCUAGUGCAAAACUAGUUUGGUUUAUCGGCUAGAUGUUACGGGGCGAUGGGCUUUAUGAGGGCUGAUGAGGAAUUUGCUUCGUCCACGCACCUUAUGGGCAGUUAAAAAGAGCUUUCUAUAAUGCAAAACGUCCCGUGUGACUAAAAUCCGCGUUGCUGGAGAAAUUUAGAGUUUUUCUAUCAUUGAUUUUGUUAAGAGCAUAAAGGAGCGACACUUUUGGCAUCUUUUGGAUGGAGGGCAGCCUGUGUGGAUCAGUGACUGUGUGGAUUAACCCGGAGCGGAGAAGGCAGAGCGCGGAUAACUACGCGUAAAGGUGCGGCGGCGCCAAGGUCUUCGUGCUGAGAUUUGAUCCGAGUUCUCGAGCGCAGCCGGGUUUAAUGCGGACGAAAGCUCGCGUCCGAGCGAGGUGCGUCGACGGGCGGGACGAGAAUGGAACGGGCUUUAGCGCUUCAUAGAGGGAAAACAAGUACUCGGCUUUCUUGAGGGGCGUCGGGGCACGUUGCGCAGGAAUUUGACUGUCCGUCACAGCAGGCUUUUUGGGAUAUCUACCCAUUGCAUCAAAACGGAAACCAUUGGAUUUUAAAGCUUGUGGCCAGAUACAAACCUCGUGGUUUUGGAUAUGGGCUUUCUGAAAUCGGAUGCCUUCAAAUCAAGCGCUGAUUUGCUUCGAGAGAAUUUUGUCUGAGUCCAAUGGAGCACAACAGAACCUCAACAUGGGAAAAUAUGACAAGUGAGAAGAUACGAUUCCUCUGACCUCGGUGCUUUAAGCAGAACUGGCGUUCCGUCUGCAAGGUGUAAGAACCUGAUUUACAAUGGAAAAGCUGCUUGUCUGCCUGUUGGUUAUUGGAAUGGCAGUGAAGGCCCAGAUCUGUCCGAAGCGCUGCGUGUGUCAAGUUCUGUCCCCCAACCUCGCAACUCUCUGUGCCAAAAAAGGGCUGCUCUUUGUCCCACCCAACAUUGACAGGCACACCGUGGAGCUACGGCUAGCUGAUAACUUUGUCACCAGUGUAAAACGAAAAGACUUGGCCAACAUGACCAAGCUGGUAGAUCUCACUCUGUCGAGGAAUACGAUAAGCUUCAUCACCCCAUACGCGUUCACGGACCUGGAAAACCUACGAGCCUUGCAUCUCGAUCACAAUCGGUUGACCCGAAUAACCAACGAGACCUUCAGUGGCAUGUCCAAGCUACAUCACCUGAUUCUGAACAACAACCAACUGACCCUCAUUCACUUGGGAGCCUUCAAUGAUCUUUUAGCCCUGGAAGAACUGGACUUAUCCUACAACAACCUGGAAUCCAUUCCCUGGGAGGCCAUUCAGAGGAUGACCAGCCUGCACACUCUCAGCCUGGACCACAACAUGAUCGACUACAUUCCAGAGGGAACCUUCUCCCUCUUGCAGAAGCUCAAUCGCUUGGACGUGACCUCCAACAAGCUCCAGAAACUCCCACCAGACCCUCUAUUCCAGCGGGCGCAGAUUCUUGCCACGUCAGGUUUUCUGAGCUCUGCCAUGUUUGCCCUGAGCUUCGGAGGAAAUCCUCUACACUGCAACUGCGAGCUUCUAUGGCUCAGGCGACUUAACCGUGAGGACGACUUGGAGACGUGUGCCACGCCCUCGCACCUCUCCGGGCGGUACUUCUGGUCCAUCCCGGAGGAGGAGUUUCUUUGUGAGCCGCCCCUCAUCACCCGCCGCUCCCACGAGAUGAGGGUUCUGGAGGGCCAGAGAGUGGUGUUGAAGUGCAAAGCCAGGGGAGACCCAGAACCUGUCAUUCACUGGAUAUCUCCUGACGGGAAGUUAAUUUCGAACUCGUCACGUACAUUGGUUUACAACAAUGGCACGCUGGACAUUCUGAUAAGCACGGUAAAGGAUACUGGCUCUUUCACUUGCAUCUCUUCGAAUCCCGCCGGGGAGGCCCAUCAGACAGUGGAGCUGGUCAUUAUCAAGCUUCCACACAUUAGCAACAGCACCAACAACAUCCAAGAGCCUGACCCCGGCUCUUCGGACAUCUCAACUUCUACAAGGGCUGGAGCAAAUGGCAGUAACCACACCGGCGAUGCCAAGACCAGUCCGGAUAAGAGGGUGGUUAUCGCCGAAGCCACUUCAUCCACCGCUCUCAUCAAAUUUAACUUCCAGAGAAAUAUACCUGGAAUACGCAUGUUUCAGAUUCAGUAUAACGGAACUUAUGAUGAUUCUCUUGUUUACAGAAUGAUUCCCCCAACGAGUAAAAACUUCCUGGUUAAUAACCUGGCUGCAGGGACGCAGUACGACCUCUGCGUGCUGGCCAUCUACGACGACGGCAUCACCUCGCUGACGGCCACGCGGGUUGUGGGCUGCGUGCAGUUCACUACGGAGUCUGAAUAUUUGCGCUGCCACUUCAUGCAGUCCCAGUUCCUGGGCGGCACCAUGAUCAUUAUCAUUGGGGGCAUAAUCGUCGCCUCCGUCCUGAUUUUUAUCAUCAUCCUCAUGAUCCGCUAUAAGGUGUGCAACAGCGGCGAUGCUAGCAAGGGGACCUCGGUCAUCGACGUCCACUCCCAAACCAACGGGUCGCAGUCCCAGGGGUGUUCAGUCACCCCCUCCGUGUCCAAACAAGGUGCUUUGAGCUUGGAAGGAGGCGAAGGUUACCAAAAGAGUUCUGGCCAGCCUCCGGAUUCCCAAACCCACACCUCAGAGACCUCCGUUCUGGACUGUUCCACUACCACUUCCCUCGUAAGUCAAAGCUGGGCGACGCCCGGCUCUUCAGGAUCACUCAAGCCAAAGCGCAAACCGGCGCCAAAGCCCGUUCCCACGGCCAGCGCCGAGCCCAAGUUGGAGGCGCUACCCAAUGCGGAGACGCAAAACACCAACCGCAACAACUCCACCGCCCUGCAGCAGCCUCUCCUACCUGCCCCCGCGCCCUCUUCUCACUUCAAAGACACCCCGAUCUUACGGAGGGCACGCCCCUCGUCCAAGUAUAUGACACUGCCUGUGGAAGGAGUGCGGGCCAAACGCAGGUACUCUUUAAACGAGAACCUGUCAAAACAUCACUGCUAUAUCGGUCCGCAGAAGCUGGGGGACGUGUUUUGCAAGCGGAGUAUGUCCAUGAACGGAAUGCUGGCACAGAUGGCAAACUCGGAUGUAGACAGUGAGAAAGCCACAUUGUCCAGUUCAGAGUGGAUUUUAGAAAGCACGGUGUGAAUGUACAACUCUGUUCUGAAGGCCAUGUGCCUACAUUUCUCAUGUUGUGUAUGUGCAGUUGUUUGCGCGUGAGUGUGUGCGUGCAUAGGCACUCAAAGUAUAUACACGAGUGAAUGUGCCUGAACGUACGCGAGUCAGAGGUUUGCACCGUUUUUUUCGUUUCCAUCUUCAAAUCAUAUUUUUCGCCAACAUUUCUUUUGUUUUCUGGAAGCCCACGAAUUAUGCGGAUGCUUGCCUUGAGGGAGUCCUCUCCAAGGGUCUCCUUCCUCUGAAGGUGGUAGCUGCUUGGAUCGAGAUCCACCACCCCCAUAGCAACCAUCAAAGAGACUCACCUUCACUAGUCUCCGAGCAUCAUGGUAAGAGGAAAACAUUGGUGCCUUCCUGUGUCCUCUUGCCAGGGGUUCCUACUGGAUGUGAGCUUUGUCUAAGGAUGGAAAUAAACAUGAGAGUUUUCACAAAAAAGCCUUUCUAUUCAAGGAAAUGACACUUCCUGCAUAUUAUAGAAAACUUUAAAACAAGUAUAUAAAGACUCGGUACUGGGACCUGUUAUUAAAUUGAUAUUUUUUAAA